CCUUCAGACGCAGCAAGUAUAAAAGAUCGCACAGAUCGCUAAAUGGAAUCAGUAUCAAUCUUACAAACAACUUCAAUCAAUAUGCAAUUCUUCAAAGCUGCUGCCGUUCUUCUGGCCAUGUUCGCUGCCUUGGCCAGCGCUGAGCCCGUGCCAAAACCUGGUACUGUGUUGGUUCAGACUGACAACGCGCAAUACAUUCGCACUGGUUAAUUUUCUAUACUAAAAAUAAUGUCGCUAUUUCUUUCAAUAAAAAUGAAUGUAUAAAACAGUA